AUGAACAAAGAUCAACAAGAUAAAGAAGAUAAAGAAGAUAAAGUAGUUGCCAAUAUUGAAUUAAAUUCAAUUGAAGAUAGGUUAAAUGGCGAUGGCGAUGGCGAUGGCGAUGAUACAGAAUCUUUAAAAUCAACAGAUGCUAUAUUAAAUUUAGAAAAUAAUUCAAGUGCAACUGAAGUAGAACCCCUGGAAUAUGAUUUAAAUCCACAAUUAAAUAAAUUUAUGCAAUAUUGUCAAGAAGGUAAUCUAACAUCAAUUAAAGAGAUAAUUAAAGAUAUAGAUAUUAAUGAUACUUUUUCUGAUGGUAUAACUGGCUUACAUUGGGCAUGUAUAAAUAAUAGAUUAUCACUAGUUAAAUAUUUAAUUGAGAAUGGUUCUAAUCCUAAUAAAUCAGGUGGUGAUUUAAAUGCAACACCAUUACAUUGGGCAUGUCGAAAUGGAUUAGUAUAUAUUGUUGAUUAUUUAAUCACAAAUGAAUAUCAUAAAGCUGAUCCAAAUUUAAAAGAUGGUCAAACUUAUAAUGCAUUACAUUUAGCUGUUCAUAGUUCAAAUAUUACUUUAAUCAUUUAUUUAUUAUUAACUUGUGUUGGUUCUAAUUUAUAUAUUGACGAACCUGAUGGAUUUAAUAGAACUGCUUUACAUUGGGCAUGUUAUCAAAAUGAUAUUUUUACAAUUAAUGCAUUAUUAAAAUUUGGUGCUGAUAUUUCAAAACAAGAUAAUAAUUUAUUUAUACCAUUACAUUGGUCAUUCAUGAAAGGUUAUAAAAUUGUACUUAAAACAUUAGUAGAAGCUGGUUCAGAUAUUUUUAUUAAGAAUGAUCAAGAUAAAUCAUCAUUUGAUAUUGCAAAAGAUAUGAAUUGUAUAAAUACAUGGCAAAAAGUAUUAAAAGAAUGUGAUUUAAAUAUGAAAGAUAAUUAUCAACCUACAAAACAUUGGAUAAAGCCAAACACAGGGAAAAUUAUAACAUUCUUAAGUCCAUAUUUAUUCCUUGGAAUUUCAUUAAGUAUAUCUCAAGGAUUACUUGAAUUCAUACUUGCCAUUUUAAUAUUUUUCAUUGGAAUUUAUCUUGUAAAUAUUUUAAUUAUUCCAAGUUAUUUAAUUGAUGAUAAACCAUUACCUAAAUCUCCAAUACUAGCUGGUAUUUUCUCAGGAACUGCAUUUUGGUGUAUAUUUAUAUGGUUGACAAAAAUAUUACCCUCAACAAUUUUUCAUAAUUUUAUUUCAAAUGUUACAUUACUAUCUAUUAUAAUAUUAUUCAUAUGGUCAUUUUUUAAAGCAAUGUUUAUAAAUCCAGGAUUUGUGCCUACUCCAACUGAUAAUUCAAUAAUAUUACAACAAGUGCAAGAAUUAAUUGGUUUAGGCAAAUUCGAUACUGAUCAUUUUUGUGUAAAUACAUUUGUUCGAAAACCAUUGCGAUCAAAAUAUUCCAGAUAUAAUAAAAAAUUAAUAGCAAGAUUCGAUCAUUAUUGUCCUUGGGUUUAUAAUGAGAUCGGAGUUAGAAAUCAUAAAUUAUUCAUAAGUUUUGUAUAUUCAUUAAAUCUUGCAAUUUUAUUAUUCACAUAUUUAUCAAUUAAAUAUUUCGAUAUAAUAAAGGAUAAUAAUGGAUACGAUACAGAUGAUGAAGAAGAUAGUUUAAUUUGUGGUAUAUUCGGUGAUGAAUUAUGUUUUGGUUUCAAAAAUCAUAAUUUUCAUUUCAAUUUAAUUAUAUGGUGUUGUUUACAAUAUAUUUGGUUAGUUAUCCUAUGUAUAGUACAAACAUUUCAAAUUUUAAAAGGGUUAACAACAUGGGAAUUUUCAAACUUGAAUAAUAAGUUAUCAAGCAGUAGAUUUAAUCAUUCUACAGUGCCUAAAGAUUUCAAUGAUAUAGUACAAGAACAAAAUCAACAACAACAACAACCACUAAAAAAACCAAAUGAAUUAAAUACUUGUUUGAAUUUGCUUGGAAUUGAUCAAUUUAUAAUGACGGUAAAAUUAAGUAUUGGUUCAUUAUUUAAAAAUAAAAAUGAUGUGAAUUAUGAUCCAUUAACUAUUGAUAUUCCUACAAAUUAUGGAAUUAAACAAAAUUGGAAAGAUUUUUGGAUUAUUGGUGAUGAAAAAAUCAGAAAUAUUUUUUAUUUACCAAUUGAAGAUGAAAAUAAUUUAAAUGGUCAAAUUGUUCAUUAUUAUAAAUUGUAUGAAUUACCUCCAAAGAAAUCAACUGAAAUUGUAUAG